AUGUCGCGCCCUUCCGAACCUGAGCUCCGCGCGAACCUUAGCCCACCACCUUCUCCAGAGAUGAGCAGCAGUUGUGCGAAAAAGUUCGUUGACCAGUCGGACUUUGAAUCUCAUAUCUUGAAUGCAAUUCGCAGCGCAUCUGAGCCUCAAGUAUUGGUUUUCACUGAUGUGAGCUCGUCGUGGGGAGAGAGGAUAGUGGACUUGAUAAAUGAAACCUCUGACGGACAUUCCACUCGCAAAAGUUAUAAUUCGUCAAUCAAAGUCUUACGAAUCAGAAUUAUGCCGACUGAAGUACACGACUGCUGUCAAGAUUGGUGGCGUGUGUCAGAGAUUACCUUACGCGAUGUCGGUGACUUAACUGGUUAUGAACAAGCGCAAAUUGAUGUACGCGUUGGCACGAUGCUGCAGUUCCCAUGGGGGCCUUAUACCUCUUCACGCAAGGAGCCAGACCUCUUUGUCCGAUCAAGUUGCGACCGUCUUCCGUCUUUCGUUAUUGAGUCCGGUUGGAGUGAAUCCUGGAAUGCCUUGAUGAAUGAUAUGAACCUUUUAUUGGUCGGCGGAAAUGGAGAUGUUCGCGCUGUUGCUAUCCUGAAGUGGAACCUGAACCGUCCAACGAGACUUGUGAGUGGGUUUGUCGAACUCUAUGUCAGGGACAGAAAUGGUAUACCAGUGAAGCGCCAACGAGAGGAAAUUUUCCCAGUCCCUACUGAAACUGGAACUCAACGACUUGAAUUGACUCGGCAAGAAGUAUUUGGCCCUCACCUCACACCUGACCCAGCACGCACACAAUCUCCUAACACAAUAUUAUAUCUUGAGAUAGAGGAUUUGCGGGCAGUAGCCCUUCGGGCACUGCACCGUAUGGACCUCUCCCCGGCUUGA